CCCAGGUGACCAACCAAACAGGCCCACCCACCGCCGCUCCCGAUUACUUCAGCCGCCGGCCGCCGCCACCGCCACCGCCGCCAUCCUCGGCUAGAGCUUCUCCGUCCCGUACCCCUGCAGACCGCGAUCUCCGCCUGAACCACCGGCCGGGACUGCUGCUCCGCUUGCUCUCCCCCGUCGGAGAUCCGCCCGGAGCGACUUUCGUCUUUCUGGGUUGUUCCGAAGCUGCAGAAGCCCAAACCCGGAAACAGAGUAGACGGCGCCGCAUCUAUAUUUGCACUGCCACGCUUAAAGCCGAGGCGGCGGAGGAAGCUGCGACAGCCAUGGCGUCGUCGUUGGCAACGGCACCGGCUGCUGUACGCGAUAUGCAGAGCGACCUCGAGUCCCAGGCCAACGCCCUCAGCAAGAUCCAGAAAGACAUCUCCAAGAAUCACGAGGUCCGCAAGCAGUUCACCAUCCAGGUCGGCGAGAAUGAACUCGUCCUCAAGGAGCUGGAGCUGCUGAAUGAAGGGGCGAACGUGUACAAGCUGAUCGGGCCAGUGUUGGUCAAGCAGGACAAUGCGGAGGCGAAGGCCAACAUCAAAAAGCGCAUCGAGUACAUCACAGCUGAGCUAAAGAGAAUGGAUCGGGCGCUUAAGGACUUGGAGGAGAAACAGAAUAGCAAGAAGGAAUCGAUAAUCAAGCUGCAACAGAAGAUGCAGGCUGUACAAGCAAAGGCACAGGCGUAAAUGAAGGGCUCCCUGCAUUAGGGCCUUCGUCCUCCCAAAUGUAUGGGUCUGUACAAGGCGAAGUUAGUUGCCUUGUGUUAUCUAUCCCCUAAAAAGGUGAAAGAAAUCUGUAGUGUUCAGAGAUUGAGAGAAGUUCCAGGUUUGUGUAGUGAGAGAUUUUGUUUGAGAGUGGAUACUCGGUUGAAGAUGUACCUCUUGCUGGUUUCUAGUGAUAUGGUUGAAUUGACUUUUGUUUCGAGAAGGAAUUGGAUCAAUUUUUUCAUGUACCACUUUAUUUCUUCUAUCUUUGCUUAUGUUGAUUAAUAGAUUCAUUUUUGUCAA